AUGUGGAGGAUUCUUGGCAUAUCUUCUUCGGUUGUGAAGUUACAAAAAAUUGUUGGCAACAUGCAGUGGUUUAAGGCCCAAACCCAUGUGGAGAAUGAGAAUUCUUCCGUUCCUUUGAUUAGCUGGAGCCCUCCGGUGGAAGGGAGUUUGAAAUGCAAUGUUGAUGCGGGUUUUAAUACCCGUAGAGGUACUACGAAUCGAGGUUGGUGCUUUCGAGACCAUUUGGGUUCUUUCCUGUGUGGAGGAACGGCUUGGGAUUUUGGCUCUUUCUCUAUUAUGGAAGCGGAAGCUUUAGCUAUUAAAGAGGCUAUCCUUAGUGCUAUUGAUCUACAUAUGGAGAAUCUUGUUUUUGAAAGUGAUUCCCAAAGAACUAUUCAAGCUAUUCUCUCAGAUCGUCACGGUGUGUCCGAUUUUAGUCUUAUUGUUUCUUCUAUUCGUAAUUUACUUUUUUAUUUUCCUAACUUUGAGGUGAAGUUUGUGAAACAUCAAGCGAACUCGGUGACUCAUUCCUUAGCUAAGGCGGCCGAUUCUUGGACUAGGCGUAGUUGGUUUAAUGUAUUACCUCCUUGUAUUGCUACUUUGUUGAUUAAUGAUAUGAGUUGA